AUGCAGACGGCUAAGGGGAAGGCCGAGGCGCUGGGACGAAAGGCCAAGCUUGCCAAUUCCUACCAGGAGCUCUUAGAUGAAUUCGCGAGCAAUGAUCUCAAAUCAGUCGGCAAUUACACCCUCGGCCGCCUCAUUGGCAAAGGAUCCUUUGGCAAGGUGUAUCUGGCCACCCACAAGCUCACUAAUGGCUCCAAGGUCGUGUUGAAGUCGGCGAAUCGAACCGACUCUAAUCUGGCCCGCGAAAUCCACCACCACCGACAGUUUGUCCACCCACACAUUGCGAGGUUGUAUGAAGUUAUUGUGACGGAGAACUUGGUGUGGAUGGUUCUCGAGUACUGUGCAGGCGACGAACUGUACAACUACCUACUCGACCAUGGCCCGCUUCCUAUGCCAAAGGUGCAAAAGAUUUUUGCACAGCUUGUCGGCGCUGUCAGCUAUGUGCACAUGCAGUCCUGCGUCCAUCGCGACCUCAAGCUCGAGAACAUUCUCUUUGAUACACACGAAAACGUGAAGCUGGUCGAUUUUGGCUUUACGAGAGAGUACGAGGGCCGAACAAAUCAUUUGCAGACUUUUUGUGGAACAAUAUGCUACUCGGCGCCGGAAAUGUUGAAAGGCGAGAAGUAUGCCGGUGAAAAGGUGGACGUGUGGAGUUUGGGCAUCAUUCUCUUCGCCCUGCUCUGCGGAGAGCUUCCUUUUGACGACGAUGACGACAACGUAACUCGAACGAAGAUUCUCACUGAAGAACCAAACUUCCCCGAACACUGUCCGGCUGAAGCGAUUCCUCUUAUCAAAUCCCUUCUCUCGAAACGUCCUAUACUCCGACCAGGACUCCCGGAGAUUCUGGCUCAUCCUUUUCUAGCAGAGCAUGCGCCAGCGCAACAGGCUAUUCUUGAAACGAAAGCCCUGCCCCCAUUUUCUACCCUGUUGGAGAAAGACUGCCUACAUCGUAUGCGAAGUGCUGGAGUAGACACCGAUGCCAUUAUUGAGAGCGUCAUGGCACAAAAGUGCAAUGCCCUGGCUGGAUGGUGGACGCUAUUGCUUGAGAAGGAAGAACGAAAACUUCGCCGGAGAGAGAGAAAGAGGAAAGAGAGAGAAAAGGAUAUGGACAAGAGCCUUCAUCGAAUCUCAGUAGCGUCAAGUCGUUUCGAGCGGAUGCUGCAGGAUGUGGACGAAGAUGGCGGCCUAACCAAGCAGUUUAUCAAAUUAGGAGAACCAGCAAUGCCCAGGACCCGAGGGAGACCAGAUCGUAGGAGUGCGCACUACUACGACUUGGCGAUCCACGACGUUUCUUACUUUACUGCCGAUGGCAGUCGUUCGAAUGCUCCGCAAACUCCGGAUGAAAAUGGCCGCCACCGUUCCAUCGAUAGCCAUUCUAUCCGCUCAGUCUCGACGACGCGCAACUAUCGACCGAUUCCGCCGCCUAAGGAGGGUAUUCUACGAAGUGCUAGAUCUCGAGGCUCAACUCUGCAUCUCGUCACUACCACCGAAUCGCUGGGUCUUGAUAACCACAGUGCUCCUCCCAGCAGUUCUCAACAACAGGACGAUAGUAGUUUACAAAAAGCGAAGAAGAGGCCCAGCCAGGCCAUAAUUGCUCACUGGAAGAAUUGGACUCAUUGGUUCAUCGAGAAUACCACGAGAAGACGGCGUGGGCACGAAAGGCGUACCAGUCGAAGUGUGCCGGAUCUUCACAAUAAAGAAGGCAGCGCGAAAAGCAUCAAUGAUGUUAGUCCCAGGCCGCAAACGAGCAAAAACCCAAACACCGGCUUAAUAGGCGCAAAUCCUACUGCUCCUCUUCCCAAGGGAGUCAUUCCAAACGGUCUCGUCGCUAAGGCCAACGGAUCAUCUAGUUAUGGGUCUCUUCGAGGAAGCAUCAGUGGGCCUGUAGGGACACCAUCUCAACAGCCGUUGAGGCCUAAAAUUGCCACGUCGCAGGCCUAUAAACGCCAGUCAUUAUCGCCAUCACCAUUAACGCCUCGGGGCACUGUCCGCCGCUCGUCAGCAGGCUUGAGAGGGAGAAAAUCGACUUCAUCUUCCGUGUCUUCAGUGCGAUCCAUGCAUCACCACCAUCAUACCCACUCCAAGGCGUCUUCCACCAGCUCUACAGGCUCUGUAUCAACUACCAAAACGCCGCUGGCUCGCGGACACUCGCCUCACCACUCUGUUAAAGUUCUACCUGCGACUCCUACGGGCACGGGUUUCCCCUCCAACAUCCGUCUUGUUCGAAUGCCGCCCGCUCCCGCUCCUACAAUGAACAUGUACAACGAAGGCAUGCCAAGCCAGCCGCAAGCUCCUGGGUCACCAAACCCAUUUGGCACGGGUGUCAUGUUUGCAAAGAGAAAGAAGAAUCUGUUCAAGGGCCCGGGUCUUAGCUUUGGAGGCUCCUCCCAUGGACAUCGAAAUGGUGGUAGCGGAUCUCAUUCUCACUCCCGCAGUGGUAGCGCCUCGGGACUGGGCCGACAUUCCGGAGAGAUUACCAUCCAGGAAGAAGAUGAAGACCACAUGGGCGGUGUCGACGAAGAGGAGGAAGAGGAGGAGAUUGAGGAGGUCGAUGCGUUUAGCCCCUUGGUUGGUGGCCCGGGCGAAAUCAUUGAAGAACAGAUCCUUGAAGACGAAGAAGCAACCACUCCUACGGCGGAGGUACACAGCCCGGAUAUACAGAGUCCAUCGGCGAUUUCUCCUAGAAAUACAGUGCUUGCUUAGUGUGGCUUUGCUACACAAAGAGCAACUAAUGAACUUGGUUACAGCUCGAAAAUCGAAGUGUAUCUGCUUGCAAAGAUAGCAGAUUGGUAAUUACAGCAUCAACAUGGAACACA